AUGAUAAUUGGUAUUUAUUGGGGCAAAGGAAAGCCAUCUGAUCUAACAAAAUUUUUACAAAGCUUUUUAGAAGCAGCAACAGCAACAGAAAUAUUGAAAGAAGGUAUUAUUGUAAAAAACACAUUAAAGAUCAUUAAAAUUAGGUCUUUCAUAUGCGAUUCGCCAUCUAGGUCUUUUUUAAAAGGUGUAGCAAAUUUCAACUCCCAGCAUGGUUGCCAAAAAUGCACAGUUGAAGGACAGUAUUCCUACUUAUCCAGGACUAACUACUUUCCUCAAAAAGCAUGUGAAAAGAGAACUGAUUAUGGAUUUCGAACAAAACAAGAUGAGCUUCACCACAAGUAUGACUCUCCCUUACUGAAGCUCCCUAUAGAUAUGAUACAGGAUUUUCCAAUUGGUUAUUCUCUACACUUACUCAAUCUUGGAAUUAUGAAGAAAAUACUGUGUGGCUGGCGUGAUGGAAAAUUCGGAAAUUCUAAAACCAAGUGGAAGAAGUGA